AUGAGCGAAGUUCCUAUUCCCUUGAAUGAUUUUACGGCCCUUACAGAAGAUAGAGGUGUUUUAAAAAAGGUAAUUAAGCCUGGAAAAUUGGACCUGUCCCCAGUUGCUGGAGACGAUGUAGUUGUUAUUUACUCUGGCAAAUAUAUAGGUGGAGAUAAAGACCAACAGAAUCUUUACUGUACCGACAAUAAAAGGGAGCAACUUACUUUCCGUUUUGGACGACCUGUUGUUAUGGAGGGUUGGAAUAUCACGAUUCCAACAAUGAAAAUGGGUGAAUCUUGCCAAAUAUUUAUUACAUCCGAGUAUGCAUUUAAUGAUGGCAAUUCAUGUUUAAUUGAGUUAGAAUUAGUAGACUUUUACGGUGAUGAUGUUUAUCUCUCAAAUAUUGGUUCUGUCUUCUUAACUCAUAUCGAAAGAGGUAAUGCUGGAACUCCUGUUCGACCUGGUGCAACUUGUUGCUUAUCAAUAAAAGAAUAUGCCAAUGAAAAAUUUAUUGGUGAGCGACAACUUGCUAAAUAUAUUGUUGGUGACCACGCGAGCAAUUGUUUGCCAAAAGGUUUUGAUUUGGGUCUCUCUCGUAUGGAUGCGGGUGAAAAGGGAAGGAUAAAAGUGGCAAAAGACUUUGUUUAUCCCAAGGAGUGGUACGAAGAACACGAUGUUCCCAUUGGCUCACCAAUUUACUUCCUUGUAGAAGUUACCUCCUGUGAGCAAAGAAAGACUCCCAGUGCUUUUAAGGCGUUUGCCCAAAAGAUGGACAAUAUGAAAGCCUGGAAAGAUAAAGCUAAUGAAUUUAUCAAGGAGGGAAAGCACACAAUUGCCCUUGAUAUGUACCAAGAUCUUCUAGACGAUAUUCCCUCUAUUAUAACCUCAACUUUUAAAGAAAAUGAAACCCUACUGUCCUUCAAAUGCACUCUAUACCAAAACCGAGCGUUAGCUUAUCUCAAACUGAAGUGUCCAGAUCAAUGUCUGAAAGAAUGUGACAAAGCCAUUGACUUAUUUGAUAAGAGUGAAAAGAGUCUUUACAGGAAGGGCGAAGCUUAUCUUCUAAUGAAUGAUCAUGAAGAAGCUCAGAAAUGGUUCGAGGAAGUUCUUAAAGUCAACCCGAGUAAUGCUACUGCAGUGGCCAGAGUGAAGUAUUGCAAGGCUAUUAUUUCUGAACAGUUGAAGAAGGAGAAUUGUAUGUUCUUGUCAGCAUUUAAAAAGAUGUCUGUUUUAAUGGAUGAUACGGAGGUGGAGAAGACUAUCGGAGCUUAA